UCCUCGUCCUCGACGCGUCGCCGCCGCCGACCCGCGGGCGCUCAAGUCCUUCGCGCUCGCCUCUCGCGCUUGCCACGCCGCCGAGUCGCGACACCGCCGCCUCCUCCGCCCGCUCCGCGCCGACCUCCUCCCCGCCGCGCUCGCCCGCUACCCGUCCGCAUCCCGCCUCGACUUCUCCCUCUGCGCGCGCGUCCCCGACGCCGCCCUCGCCGCCGUAUCCUCCUCAUCCGGAUCCUUCCUCCGCGCCGUCGACCUCUCCCGCUCCUGGGGCUUCGGCGCCGCGGGCCUCGCCGCGCUCGCCACGGCGUGCCCGGACCUCGCCGAACUCGACCUCUCCAAUGGGGUCGAUCUUGGCGACACGGCAGCCGCGGAGGUGGCGCGGAUGAGGAGGCUCCAGAGGCUGUCUCUCUCGCGCUGCAAGGCGCUCACCGACAUGGGGCUCGGCUGCGUCGCCGUCGGAUGCACGGACCUCAGGGACCUCUCCCUCAAGUGGUGCCUGGGGGUCACGGAUUUGGGGCUCCACCUCCUCGCCCUCAAGUGCAAGAACCUCACCACCCUGGAUCUCUCCUACACCAUGAUCACAAAAGAGAGCUUUCUUGCCAUCAUGAAGCUACCCGAUCUCCAGGUGUUGACACUGGUGGGGUGUAUUGGAAUUGAUGAUGAUGCCCUUGCUAGUCUUGAGAAAGAAUGCAGUAAAUCACUGCAGGUGCUUGAUAUGUCUCAUUGUCAGAACAUCACUGAUGUGGGAGUUUCAUCCAUAGUGAAAUCGAUACCGAAUCUAUUGGAACUGGAUCUUUCAUACUGCUGUCCUCAGGUUACUCCUUGUAUGUUGAGAAGCCUCCAAAAAAUUUCUAAACUGCGGACCCUGAAGCUGGAAGGUUGCAAGUUCAUGGCUGAUGGACUAAAAGCCAUUGGAAGCUCUUGUGUUUCUAUUAGGGAGUUAAGUCUUAGCAAGUGCUCUGGAGUGACAGAUACGGAACUCUCUUUUGCUGUGUCAAAACUAAAGAAUCUGCAGAAGCUGGACAUCACUUGUUGUCGCAAUAUCACUGAUGUUUCAGUAGCUGCCAUCACUGGUUCGUGCACUUCCCUCAUCUCUCUGAGGAUGGAGUCUUGUAGUCAUGUUUCAAGUGGAGCACUCCAACUAAUUGGGAAGCACUGUUCUCAUUUGGAAGAGCUGGACCUUACUGACAGUGAUUUGGAUGAUGAAGGGCUGAAAGCUCUCGCCGGAUGCAGCAAUCUUUCGAGCCUAAAAAUUGGCAUUUGCUUGAGGAUAAGUGAUGAAGGUCUGGCCCACAUUGGAAAGUCUUGCCCAAAACUCCAAGAUAUUGAUUUGUACAGGUGUGGAGGCAUUAGUGAUGAAGGGGUUAUUCAGAUUGCUCAAGGCUGUCCAACACUAGAAUCCAUCAAUCUAUCCUACUGCACAGAAAUAACAGACCGUUCACUGAUGUCCCUCUCAAAAUGCACAAAGCUAAAUACACUGGAGAUCCGUGGCUGUCCCAGGGUUUCAUCCACAGGGCUCUCAGGAAUAGCAAUGGGGUGCAGGCUGCUUUCCAAGCUUGAUAUCAAGAAAUGCUUUGAGAUUAAUGAUGUGGGCAUGCUAUACCUUUCACAGUUUUCUCAUAGCCUCCGUCAGAUAAACUUGUCAUACUGUUCGGUCACCGACAUUGGACUGCUUUCACUUUCUAGCAUAUGUGGCUUGCAGAACAUGACCAUUGUACAUUUAGCUGGUAUUACGCCUAAUGGCUUGAUAGCUGCUCUCAUGGUCUGUGGUGGUUUGACAAAAGUGAAGCUUCAUAAAGCAUUCAAAUCCAUGAUGCCUCCUCAUAUGCUAAAAAAUGUUGAGGCACGUGGUUGUAUUUUCCAGUGGAUCAACAAACCAUUUAAGGUUGAGGUGGAACCUUGUGAUGUAUGGAAGCAACAGUCACAAGAUGUGCUUGUACGAUGAGAAGGCCUGAAGUGUAGUGUUUGUGGGAAGGAAGGGCAUGCAUCAUGGCGAUGGAGGGGUUCUUGAGUGGCAUUCAGAAGUCAGGCCUAAGGAUGAAGGAGCUCAAAAUUUUGUAGUGUAAUAGUCAGAGUACUGUGUCAAUACUUAAUAGUUUGAGCAGAAGUAUGCUCAUGUUGUAUGGUAAUAUAGAUGAAUAGAUCCAUCCCAGCUUUUUUUUUUGGUCAAGUGGUGAAACCAGGGAGUAGGUUACAAUUUUGACAAACAAAAAAGCAUGGAUUUCUCUUUUUGUAUAUGUAGCAGCAUAUAGAUGAAUGGAAGAUACUGUUAUUGAAGAGAUGAUUGAAUUUGGGUGA